AUGAACAAAAUAAGGUCGAUAAAACGGUUCCAAAUCGGCAAAGUCUAUCGUCGUGAUCAGCCUGCUAUGAAUCGUGGGCGAUUCCGGGAAUUUUACCAAUGCGAUUUUGACAUCGCCGGUGAAUAUGGCCUCAUGCUGCCGGAUUCCGAAUGUUUGCGAAUCAUCUAUGAAGUACUGAUAGAACUCGAAUUGGGCGAUUUCGUAAUCAAGGUGAACCACCGGCGUUUACUGGAUGGUCUUUUCACCGCUUGUGGAGUCCCUCCAGAAAAAUUCACUGCCGCGUGCUCGGCUGUUGACAAACUCGACAAGCUGCCAUGGGAAGAAGUGAGGAAGGAACUCAUAGAAGAGAAGGGCCUACCGGAGUCAGUCGUUGAGUUGAUUGGCGAAUACACGCAAAUAUCCGGAGGCAUGGACGUCCUUGAUCGGCUGGCUAGCGACGAACGUCUAGCCAACAACAAAACUAUUCAAGAUACCCUGCCCGAAAUGCGGACACUCCUCGAGUACUGUCAAGCCUUGGGCAUAAUGGAUCGUCUGCGCCUGGACCUCAGCCUUGCCCGGGGGUUAGAUUACUACACCGGUGUCAUUUAUGAGGCUGUCCUAACAGCCCCUGCCCCCACGGAACCUGCGGAACCACCGCGUGGCAAAAAGAACAAGAAGAGCAAGAAGUCUGCUGCCGAGGAAGUUGAAGACGCGGGUGACUCCGAGGGUGCUGUUGGCAGCGUCGCAGGUGGUGGUCGUUACGACAACCUCGUCGACCUAUUUUCUCCGGGCUCACGAGUACCGUGUGUCGGUCUCAGCUUUGGGAUAGAACGUCUGUUGGCUGUCAGUGAAAUGCUUUCUAAGAAGAAUGCUGCGGGCGACGGGGGUGUGCUUCGUGCAACUGAAACAGACGUCAUGGUGAUUGUUGCCCACAAGGGCCUCAUAACGCCACGUCUCGAACUCUGUCAACUUCUGUGGGAUGCCAAAAUCAAGCCUUUAGGUGUUUUGUUUUCUCUCCAGGCCGCUUUCUCACACAAGAACCAACCAAAACUGCUGGAUCAGUUGCAGUAUUGCGAGUCCACCGGGAUUCCCCUGGCUGUAAUUAUCGGUGAUGGCGAACUACAGCGCGGCGUCGUCAAGCUACGUCACAUCAGUUCUCGUAAUGAGCGCGAAGUGCUUCGGGCUGAUUUGCCGGCGGAGAUCAAACGUGAACUCCAGGAGCUCAGCUUGCCCAAGGCAUGCUGA